GUCACACACUGAUAAUAGAGUGGCAAUCCUCCAUUUCCAUCUCAGAACAAAUCCAGAAACAUUUCACUGAAAAUCCAGAAAGAAUUUGCAAAAAGACAAUAUAAUGAGCACCGUAUUGAAAAGCAAAGUGCAGAGAAAAUUUAAGAUGAGAGGCUACACAAUAAAAUUGGAAGCCCUAGCUGAAAUCCUCUCCUUUGUCAACCGCUUCCCCGAUGCCGAAGACGACGCCAUUGACCUCCUCCUCGAUGAGCUCCACCACCUCUCUCUGAAAUCGUCGAUUUUGGAUAAAGAGGCGGUGAAUAAAGUGGUGACCCUUUUACUAGAAGCUGAAGCCGCUGUUGAGGAAAACCCCAACAGUGCUACUCUGGGCGUUGGAGGCUCUGCUCUUCGAGUUAUUAAUGCUUUCGAUAUUCCAAAAUUUCGUUAUGAUCCUGUUAAGAAGAUUUUCUACGAACAUACAGGCCAAAAUCCAAUUCAUGGCGAUGCUUCUGCCAAAGCGGCUCUCUAUAGGGAUAGGUUUCUCUUGUUGUUCCAGAGACUUUCUCGUGAUCCCCAUUUUUCUAGGCCAAAUUUUGGUUCUGACUUCUCUGACUAUGGGAGCUGUGAGAUAUCUCCAAUUCAAUCUUUGGUUGGGCAAAUAGGGAGGAGGUGGAUCAUGGGUUUAAUAUCUCAGCUAGAAGAUGGGCACUUCUACCUGGAAGAUCUAAAUGCUGCUGUUGAAGUUGACUUAUCUAACGCAAAAAUAACUACAGGGUUCUUCUCAGAAAACACGAUUGUUUUAGCAGAAGGCGAGAUGCUCUUGGAUGGUGUUUUUCAGGUUAAAACAUGUGGAUUUCCUCCUUUAGAGGAUAGAGAAAAGUCUUUCAGCUAUUUUAGUGGUGUGGACUUCUUUGGUGGUGGUAUACUUACUAAAGAGGAAACACUGAGACUUUCAGAGUUGGAGAGUAGGGCGGUGAAUGACAUGUUUGUUAUACUUUCUGACAUUUGGCUGGACAAUGAGGAGACCAUGGCAAAUUUGGAGACAGUCCUCGAUGGUUACGAGAAUGUGGACGUGGUUCCUUCUCUUUUUGUUUUCAUGGGAAAUUUCUGCUCUCGUCCUUGUAAUCUUUCUUUCAAUUCUUUCUCAAGUCUCAGGUUGCAGUUUGGAAAGUUAGGGCAAGCGAUUGCUACCCACCAAAGACUAAUGGAACAAAGUAGAUUUCUUUUUAUUCCUGGUCCAGAUGAUGUCGGUCCCUCAACUGUUUUACCUAGAUGUCCUUUGCCAAAGUACAUAACCGAAGAACUUCAGAAACACAUUCCAAAUGCAAUUUUCUCUACUAAUCCUUGCAGAAUCAAGUUCUAUACACAAGAAAUUGUAUUUUUCCGCCAAGAUCUGCUUUAUAGGAUGCGUAGAUCUUGUCUCAUGCCCCCUUCAACAGAAGAAACAAGUGAUCCUUUUGAGCAUCUUGUGGCUACAAUCACACAUCAAAGUCACCUUUGUCCCCUACCUCUGAGUGUACAACCAAUUAUCUGGAAUUAUGAUCACAGUCUACAUCUCUAUCCUACCCCACAUACGAUAGUCUUGGGAGACAGAAGUGAGCAAAAGGCUUUCAAGUACACAGGAAUCACAUGCUUUAAUCCUGGUUCUUUCUCUAAUGAUAACACCUUUGUCGCCUAUCGGCCCUGCACUCGUGAAGUUGAACUGUCAGCUUUGUAAACGUCAACUUUUUUGGCCAACAACAGGGCGUGUUGAGACAUCAUCCUGUUGAUUUUUUAUUUGGUGAAGGAUCCGCUUCAUUUUAGAAGUCUUUCAAGGUCUGUAUGUUGUAAUCUGUAGGAUAAUUUUCAUGUAAAGUUGUAAUUGAUGACCCUUGAUUUUAGUUCAAUUAAUUGCAAUCAAAUCAGGGUGUAACCAAAUAUUUCGUGAUGGAGAAGUGGGCUAAAUGGGGUAGGAAAGGAUCGGUUCCAUGUCGGAAAGCAAGGUGUUUGACUUUGAGAGAUGGUCAAUGGAAUGAGAGCAGGGGCAUCUUAGACAGACUGUUUAUGCGAGGACGCGGCCUUCAGGUGGAGGGGGUUGGUUGCUAGGUGGGAAGAGAGAAAAGUAGCAAAUAGAGAGUGAUUUCUAAUGGCGCCACAAAUAUCCUGGUAAGGAUAUAAAAGUGCGAACGAGGAAAUCGACAGAGUGAAUUUGGUCCUUUAUUGGCACCGUGAUUGUGUGGGCAGCAUCGUAAUUUCACGUCAAUGAUCAAUUCCAUGUAGCGGAUGCUGGUCAGCAUUAAUUUAUAGUGCUGUUUAUGUCUUUUAAUCUAUUUCUUUUUAAAUUUAUGCGGUUAGUGUUGACUUCUAACAUUAAGUACACUUAAUAUCAAUUAGUUACUUAUUUGCUCAUAAA